ACAAACGACUUGAUGACCAACAACUGAACGUCACAAUGGCAGAACGGCUUGGUUACGAGGCACUUGGCCAUGCAAAGCCGAGGGCGCUUGAACUGGACUGGAAGGCACUUGCCCCAUGAGCCGCAGCUGCUCUGACUGAGGCACUGAGCCGGCCGGCACUAAGGUUCAGUUCAGAGUUUGAAACGGUUCUCAGCGUUCCAGAUUAUCCAAGCCACUGGCAUUCUGAGGAUAGAUUCAAGGACUGGCAUUCUGAGGAGGGAUUCAAGGGCCAUGAGCGCAUAGAAAUCGUGUGAUCACUGAACGACGCAUCACACAAAAGCACACGGCUUGGUUCUUCAAGAAUCGAUCAAUUGGCGCUCCAACCUCCUGAGGAGCACUGAUCUCUCGCUGCGACCAAAGCCGCCAUGGCCGCCGAGCUCCCGCUGUACCUGCUGCUGCUUCUCGCGCCUCUCCUCGCCGCACCCCUCUUCCUCCUCCUGGUCACCACACGCCGGACGCCACGCGGGGGCGCGCGGCUCCGGCUCCCGCCGGGUCCGUGGGCGCUCCCCGUCAUCGGCCACCUCCACCUCCUGGCCCGGGGCCUCCCGCACCGCGUGAUGCGCGACCUGGCGCGGCGCCACGGCCCGCUCAUGCUGCUCCGGUUCGGCGAGGUCCCCGUCGUGGUGGCGUCCUCCCCGGCGGCGGCGCGCGAGGUCAUGCGGACUCACGACGCGGCGUUCGCGUCGCGGCCCAUUGGCCCCAUGUCGCGCCUCUGGUUCCAGGGCGCCGAGGGCAUCAUCUUCGCGCCCUACGGCGACGACUGGCGCCAGCUCCGCCGCGUGUGCACCCAGGAGCUCCUCAGCGCCCGCUGCGUCCAGUCCUUCCGCCCCGUGCGCGAGGACGAGCUCCGCCGCCUCCUCCGCUCCGUCGCCUCCGCCGCGGCGGCGGCGGCGGGGCCGGUGAACCUGACCGCGCUGAUCUCGACCUACAUCGCCGACUCCACGGUGCGCGCCAUCAUCGGCAGCCGCCGGCUCAAGGACCGCGAUGCCUACCUGCGGAUGCUCGAGGGCCUCUUCGGAAUCAUGCCCGGGAUGAGCCUGCCGGACCUCUUCCCGUCCUCACGCCUCGCCAUGCUCGUCAGCCGCGCCCCCGCCCGCAUCCAGGCCUACCGCCGCAGCAUGCGCCAGAUCAUGGACGGCAUCAUCCAGGAGCACCGGGACAGGGCCGCCCCCGGCGACGCCGAGGAAGAGGAGGAGGACUUCGUCGACGUGCUCCUCAGGCUCCAGAAGGAAGUGGACUCCCAGUUCCCGCUCACCACCGAGAACAUCAAAACCGUCAUGCUGGACAUAUUUGGCGCGAGCACCGAGACGUCGGCGACGACGCUGGACUGGGCGAUGGCCGAGCUCCUCCGGAACCCUGGAGCCAUGGAGAAAGCCCAGCACGAGGUCCGUGAAGCGCUCGCCGCCGCCGGCCACAGCACGGUGACGGAGGACAGCCUAGCCAACCUGCACUACCUGCGGUUCGUCAUCAAGGAGACGCUCCGGCUGCACCCCCCGGCGACGAUGCUGGUUCCGCGGCAGUGCCAGAGCCCGUGCCAGGUGCUCGGGUUCGACGUGCCGGCGGGCAUGACGGUGAUCGUGAACGCGUGGGCGGUCGGCCGGGACCCGGCGCACUGGGACGAGCCCGAGAGGUUCGCGCCGGAAAGAUUCGAGACGAGCGCCAAGGACUUCAGGGGGGCGGACUUCGAGUUCAUACCCUUCGGCGCCGGGCGGCGGAUCUGCCCCGGCAUGACCUUCGGGCUGGCUCACAUCGAGCUGGCGCUCGCGGCGUUGCUGUUCCACUUCGACUGGACCUUGUCGGGCGGGCUGCCAGCCGAGGAGCUGGACAUGACCGAGGCGUUCGGGAUCGCAACGCCGCGGCGUUAUGACCUCUUGGUUGUUGCAACCCCUCGUGCCCUAUAGAUACCAG